CACGAAUGACGUCAUCCGCAAGCGUUGUGAACCCGCGUGACCCCUGCUGACCAAUCGCACACACACGGGGUCUGGAGGUCGAGGGAAGCGGUCGUGCGAGUCUCCUCGGCAACAACAGCCACUUCGUCACAGCUCUCGCCAUGUGGUCCCUGCUGCGCCGUGCGGCCACGCUGCGUGGGGCCGCAGCCCUGGGGCAGCGCACGGCGGCCACAGGCGGCGACGGGCCUCGGCUGCCCGUGCUCACCCUCUUCACCAGGCACCCGUGCGUCCUGUGCAACGAGGCCAAGGAGGUGCUGAAGCCGUUCCUUCACCGGGUGGAGCUGGAGGAGGUGGACAUCAUGCAUUCGGCUCACAGCUACUGGUUCCAGCGCUACCGCCACGACAUCCCGGUGGUGCACCUGGACGGGCGCUUCGUCAUGGAGCACCGCGUGCACCCCGGCGAGCUGGAGCGGCGCCUCAGCGCGAUCGAGCAGUACCGACGCGACAAGGCCGCGGCAGCCGGCAAGGAGGCAGCCGGCAAGGAGGCAGCCGGCAAGGGGGCAGCCGGCAAGGGGGCAGCCGGCGGCGGCGGCAAGGGGGCAGCCGGGGCGCCCUCGCAGAACGUGGCGUGACGAGGGGCCUCCUAGGGUUACCUCCGCUGCGUUACCCCCUGUAGCAGUGGGGGGGUGUGUGGGGUAGUGCAGUAGUUUGUCGUCACUUUGUUCAGUUGCACAUAUCAAAUUGAUGACGGGUACGAGAUCUGUGCCCCACAGUACGAGGCCUCUAGUUCUUCGCGUGGGCAGAGGCCGAGGUAGCGGAGAGAAGGGCGAGGCGAGCACGUGAAGAAUCAGCUUUAUUGUUACAGUAUUCGGCUUACUUGAAACUCCAACGGGCCUCUUUACAUUAAAUAGUGAAAUCGGCAAUCGCUGCCUCGGGCUGACAAAAUAAAAUUUGUACGUUUAAA